AUGGGAAACUGGGCUACUUUAAGUCAUUGUUGGGGACAAAUUAGUAGCCAUGUGACUAAUGUCUCAAAUUUGGAUUGUAGAGUGCAUUCUAUAUCUAUGCAAGAGCUUCCGCUCACACUAAAAGAUGCCAUUGAAGUCACGAGAUGUAUGGGAUUAAAGUAUUUGUGGGUUGAUUCGAUUUGCAUACUUCAAGGUUCCGACGAUGCCCCCCAAGCUGAUUGGCUAUUAGAAUCAAGCCGCAUGAGAGAUUACUAUAAAUGUUGUGAUUUUUGUAUUGCUGCCGACGACGCAUCUUCAGAUGAGGAUGGGUUUCUGAGCAUUACACGCACACAAAGAGCAAAGGUUCCUGUUUCCAUGUCGCUAGCUCACUGGCGACGCGCAGAUUCUUGCGUAAUCUACCUUCAAGCAGACCUCAACCCCCGGUCUGAGAACCACAUUCUGCCUCGAUCCAUUCUCGCUACUAGAGGAUGGACACUUCAAGAACACGUUCUUUCUCCACGCGCUUUACACUACGGACAUGAACAAAUUUUCUGGAAUUGCCAAUUUCAGAGAAUCUCAGAGUCGAAUUUGAGUCCAGAGAUCUUAUGGUCAAGCGAUAGACCACAGUAUGGUAUGGACGCUAAAAGGUUCUUUUUAGCGCCAAUCCAUGGGAAAGAGUAUUUGUAUAAUAAAUGCGGCCCCUUGAAUGCUCAAUUAUUUAACACAAGAAGGCGGUGGUACAGCUUAGUCAAUGAAUAUGCUGCUCGUGACCUUACUUUUGAGACUGAUAGGCUCUUUGCGUUGGCUGCGUUAGUACAAGAAAUUGAAGCACAAUCCGGGUUUACUUACUGGGUGGGUAUAUGGGCGGAAGACGCCCACGCUGGCCUUCUGUGGAGGGCAUGUUUGCCGGUGAAAAUCUCAGCAGCAUAUGUUGCACCUUCAUGGAGCCGGGCCAGCCGGGACAUCAGCUCCUUCUAUGAUACUGCCAACUUUAGCAAUUAUCCAGUCGACGGUUGGAAGCUUGACAGCUCGCUAUUCAAAGCCAACAUAUCUAGCUGUGAGAUCAUAACCGUUGAUGGAACCCUUAAUGGACGCCUUCUAAAUGCAAAGCUCACACUCCGCACCCGUCGAACAAUGGCUGUCAUUCUUCGCUGGGUAUCUUCUUCUAUUUUUACUCUUGUUGCAAAAUGGAGAGCUAGCCUUGCAUCACUGUCGCAAAAACUUACUCGAGCUCGAAAACGAAAAAUGCCAAUACCAGAGAAUCCUAAAUAUUAUCUCAGCAGAAAGGAGGCGAUCCAAAGACUCUCUACCGUGCAGCGCGAUUCCAAUUACCUCACCAUAGUACAGAUUGCAAGCUCCAGGGACCUUUCGUAUGCACGUGGCGAGGAUUACUACCCAAAUACCCAAGCUGCAGCUCAUAAUGGCAGUACAAUGUGUCUCCUUGUCCAGCCCGGUACAGAAGAGGGGACUUUUAGGAGGGUGGGCUUAGUACAGAUUACGGACGUCGAAUAUGGGGAAUCAUUGCCAUGGGAAAUGCGUACUAUCGUACUGGUUUGA